GUCCCAAGCCCUUCGAAACGUGUCAGACUAGAACGAAUAUUAAACAGGGACGGAAAUUAAAAUGUUCUGAGAAAUCCAAGCGCCUCUCAAUCACCCAUAUAUUCCAUACACGUUACUUUCUCCCUUACCAUUUUCUCCGAAUUCCACCUACGAUCACUCCUAUUUGCUCCCGGAUUUCUAUUCAUCUUUCCACAAAUCCCGCUGUCCUCACAAGUGGAGAGUCCACUCUCUCCAAUGAAGUUUGAUGGAGAACUCCGCUUUAUCUUUGCUUGUGAUUGAGAAAAACAUCUAGGCUGAUUGCAUUGAUGGCCACCAAACAAUUUUUUAUCCUCAAAAGCCAUCUCGAUUUUGUUGAUAAAAGCCUUUUCUAUCAGUUUGUGUGCAGAACCAUGUUCAGCUUCGCUGGUUCUUUCUGGGUUUUGGUCUGCACUUGCAUGUGCUGUGUUUUUGGAUCCAUAAUCAGAUAUUUGUUCAGAUUUCGAGUUGAGGACAGUUCGAGAAAGAUGGAUUUGCUCCGAGAAAGGCAGAUUGGUUCGGAUUGCUUUGAGAAUUCGGAAGCUGAUGAGAACAACGGAAAAAGAGAGGGUCCUGUUAUUACGGAAACUGCGUCCACUGCCAAUACGAGUAAGUAUCAGUUCAUAUGUGGGAAAGAUUUCAGAGGCUUCAUUGAAGAACCAGAGACUUUGAGCUUUACCGUCCAAGAAUUUUAUGCGGGCUCAAAUGAUGGCUCUAUCAGCAAUAGCCCAGAUCCUAAUACUGAAAAAGAUAUUCGGAAGGUUGAUUUGGAAGUGGAGGAUGUUAAUCAUGUAAAAGGAGAAGAUUCUGCUGAAAAUUUUGGUUGUGAGCUUAAUUUAGAGGCAGAGGAUAUAGAUCAUGCAAAAGCAGAGGAUUCUGCUGAGCGUUUUGGCGGUGGAAUUGAUUUAGAAGCAGAGGAUUCUGCUGAGUGUUUUGGCGGAGGAAUUGAUUUAGAAGCAGAGAAUGUCGAUCAUUCAAAAGCAGAGGAUUCUGCUGAGUGUUUUGGCGGUGGAAUUGAUUUAGAAGCAGAGGAUGUCGAUCAUUCAAAAGCAGAGGACUCUACUGAAUGUAUUGGUACUCAGCUUAAUCUAGAAGAAGACGAUGUUGAUCAUGCAAAAACAGAGGACUCUGCUGGAAGCUUCAGAGAUGAAGAGGCUUUAGAGGAACAAGAACAAGAAGUAUUUACACAAGAUGAACUUUCCGAGAGGGGAUGGACUGGUGGCUCAGAAAAUACUUUUCUGGGUAAUUGUCAUUCCUCCAAUGAGGUUUCUGAAAAUUACCCUUUUCCUUUAGGUUCAAACCACGAUUUGGUUGAUUCAGGUGAUGGGUUCAUAAUUCUGGACGAUGUGUUUAAUUCAGUUAACGAUGACCCUUUGUUGGUUGGAGAUGUCGGUGAAUGGCUGGAGAAAUCAACACUUUUACCAAUUGUCACGGAGAAGGCAGGAGAUAUUGAUAAAGAUCCAAGUAUGGAAGAAAAUCCAAAAUUUUUGGAUCAGGAAGCAGAUGUCAAAGAUAUUGAAGAUGAAUACUUAGAACUAGAAUCUCAAUUGCAAAGCUCCAAUGACAAAGAACUUUUCUCUGAGAACGAUUCCAGAAAAGUCGAGGACAGAUAUGAAGAGGACAUAGACCUGGAAGGGACAAAUAAAGUGAAUAGUUUAGAAAAAUCAGACGAACCCUCCUUGCAGAAGAGUCCAUCUUCCUCAGAUUCUGACGAUGAUAGCCUAUGGGAGAACUUGUGGGAGCAUGGAAAUUUGAUAGAACAGCUGAAAUUGGAAUUGAAAAAUGUGAGAACCAGGGGGCUUCCCACUAUAUUAGAAGAAUCCGAGUCUCCCAAGAUUGUUGAUGAUCUAAAGCCAUUGAAGAUUGAAGAAAAGUUGGAGCACAAAGAUCGAAUGGAAGGGAUUCAGAAAUUCUACCAGCGGUAUGCAGAUAAAAUGCGAAAACUGGAUAUCCUGAAUUACCAAACUGUGCAUGCAAUCAGUUUCCUCCAGUUGAAGGACCCAGUCCAAUUAAAUUCAAACAAAACACCUUCAGCUUCAGCACUUAAAUCUCUGCUCUCACAGAAGACAGCAAAGCUGAGAAGGCUCCAAGAUGGCCGAACCCUGAAUUUGAUUAGAGAAUUGAAAAAUGAUUUGGAAAUGAUAUAUGUGGGACAGCUGUGCCUUUCCUGGGAAAUACUGCAGUGGCAAUAUGGGAAAGCCCUAGAGCUGCAGGAAUAUGAUCCUGAUGGUUUUCGCCAAUACAGUGAAGUUACCAGUGAAUUUCAACAGUUUCAAGUACUUGUGCAAAGAUUUAUAGAAAAUGAGCCAUUUCAAGGACCCAGGGUACAGUGCUACGUUAAGAACAGAUACCUUAUCCAUAAGCUUCUUCAAGUUCCAGCAAUUAAAGAUGAUUGCAUCAAGGAUAAGAAGGAAAUGAUAGAGACAAGGCAAGAUGCAAUUACAAUUGCAAUGCUAACAGAAGCCAUUGAGAAAUCUAUGCACGUUUUCUGGGAUUUUCUUCAUGCCGACAAACACGUAAAGGGUCUUCAAGGAAACCAGGUUGAUCUCCAAAGUCCUGCAGAUGUAGAGCUCCUGAUGGAUAUUCAAAAGGGUCUUCAUAAGAAGGAGAAAAAGCUGAAAGAGCUUCUGAGAAGCAAAAAUUGCAUAGUGAAGAUGCUUCAAAAGCAUAGAGAAGAUAGAUUAGACCGCUCGCUCUUCUUUGCUAAGGUUGAGUUGAGACUGAUUUCGAGAGCGCUUAACAUGUCGAGAUUGACAACAGAUCAACUAGCAUGGUGCCAAAAGAAACUAAGCCAAAUCAACAUUGUUAACCGAAAAAUUCAUGUAGAACCCUCAUUUAUGCUCUUCCCGUGAUACAAAUAUGAGAGCUGCCACUGUUUCGCCGUCUUCUAGCUGUAGAUCCAUGUCCAUAAAAGAAUAGGAAAGAGAAAUAAAAAGGAGCAUUAUACUGGAGUCACUUUUUAUUUUAUUUUUAAAUAAUCCAUUUCCACCCUAUUUUCUUGCUCAUUCUCGUAGUUGGCGUUUGAAUUGGGCUGUAAAUAGAAUUUACCGAUAUAAAGUGGUGGUUUGGUCAUUGGGAUUCUGA